GCUGACUGCUGGGUGCUGUCAUAAUUUUCUUAUUUUCGGGUAUUUGGGGAUGAAAUUGCCUUUGGUUUGGAAUCGUUCCAAUUUCGUGAAAUAAACUGUUUACCUCUUAAGAUUAAGCUUACUCACCGGGUCAUCGUAAUGAAUCCGCAGUCCUUUGUGUCGUGCGUAUUUUAGUAUUGACUUGAAGGAAAGUCAAUAGUGGUGUUUUGUGUGUUUUAUACCAGUGUAACUGCCUUAAAAUGGGUUCAGUGAACAUAGAUUGUGAUACAAAACGCGAAUUGGAUGAUAGCGGCUGCAUACAAGAUGAUUUCAUCGUCAACGGCUUCAAUCAAAUCGGGCUUUUGGAUUUAUCUGAUGAUGUACUACUUUAUAUUCUACGUUAUUGUUCUCCGAGGGAUUUGAAAGCACUUGGAUUUUCAUGCGUUCGUCUCGGCCGCCUCGUUCGUGAGCGCUCGUUAUGGAGGCGCGUCGACGCGAGCUCGGUGCCCUGCAGCGAAGCGAGACUCAAAUGGCUCCUCGACAACGCUCUCCAUCAAGACACACGCGUGCUGAUGCUGUCCGGAUACGCUAGGAACGCGGACGGAUGCCUCGGUCUGCUGAACGUCACACGGAAAGAAGCCUCGGAGGAGAAGGACGAAUCAGUCGAAACUGAGGCAGGUACGAACAAUGAGCCAAAUAUACGUGAGCAGAUCCACGAAAUACCGAUACCAGUUCACUUAGAGAGACAUCACGCAAGACUCUUCAUCAGUGCCCAGAGGACUCCGAAUAUGCCAAGAUACCGUGGUUUUCCAUCGUGGUCGGACGAGAGCAACAUGGGCCGCAGUGGGCCGCAGCGUUGCAACGGACCGCAGUUCUCGUUCUCGCAGCAACUGCUCCAGCAGCUCGUCUCCAGCUGUACGCAGCUGACCACGCUGGCCGUGGAUUACUGUAAUAUUGAUUGUAAUCGGACCAACCUCGGUCAUUUCCCGAAGAUGCUUAAGAAGCUCUCCCUGCGCGGGACAAGGUGCUACAAUAUGCCGACAGACAAAUCAUUCCUGUUCAAGAUACAAGAGCAUUUACCGAUACUGGAGAGCCUCAACGUUUCGGAGUGCGAGUGGAUGGACCCAGCGACCCUGCUACCGCUGAGCAAGAUGCCCAAACUUGAGGAGUUGUUCAUGCGCGACUGUCCCAAGCUGGCCGAGUUCGUUGCGUACGCCUCCCUAACAUCGAGAUACGGCUUCAGGACUUUGAGGUCGCUGGACUUGCGCGGCUCGCCAGUGGGCGACUCGGAGGUGUCCGCGCUGGGCUGGCUGCCCAACCUGGAGAACCUGUGGCUGGCGGCGCGGCGGCGCCACGCGGGGCGGUUCAAGCGCCACCACGCGCACUACGCCGACGACCCGCCCGUGCAGCACGACCAGCUGGACGACUGGGAGCAGCAGGAACCGGAUUACUUCAAAUCGAAAUCGGUCCCGGACACCAGCGUCGAAGAUCCGGAGACGGAUGACGUUCAGCCUUCGGGUAGUCAAACUGAACCAGCUGUUGAGAGUCAAACGGAAACCCAAACAUCGGCGACAUUCAAUACUAACACCGAGAGGGAUAAAGAGGGCACGUCAAAGAGGAAACCGGAAGACGGCAGCGGUGACAGCGCGGUAAUCAACGGGGAAUCCCCGCUCAAUAAACGUCAGAAAAUCGAUAACGUUUCGAAUGAAUCAAACGAUACCACGAAUACGUCAAAUAACAGUCACACGAAAGGUGACUCGAACGGUACCAACGGUAACGGUCAAAGUCAAAAUAACGAAACGAAAAGCGAUGAUUAUCCAAAGAACAGGAUAAUGAAAAUCAACUGCGAGAUAAACGUGAACGUGAUCGGUGUAAUUGAAACGGAUAGUGAUGACCCUGAUGUGAUGAAUGAUGAAGAAGCUGAUAACAGAUACGAGAACCAGCCGGUCAACGGUGACUCGAGAAACGACGAAAACGGCAACGACGACAAUAAUCCGCUGAGCGUUCCAAAUUUAAACGCACAGGCCAACGAGAAUGCCAGGAACGAAAAUUUUCGGAUGCAGAACCAAAGAGGCGGCAGUCCAGACUGUAUAGUGGACUGCAUCAAAAUCGAUCAGCUAAUAGACGUCGGGGAGCUUAGGUGCGGAAGGCAGAACGAGGUCAUAGUUAUAGCGAGCACAUCUCGAGCUAAAUUGAAUUCGCGCCAAGACGACGGAUACGUCCAUUUCAGGAACCAAGAACCGGUACCGGCCGAGGAAAACGCUACGGCUAAAGCGGAGAACGAGGCGAAAUCGAAAAACGAAGAAGAUACUGCCGACGCUGGACCGAAGCAAACGCUGAAACGUCCGAAUGAAAACGUAAAUGAAGGAGCAUCUACGUCGAAGGAAGGGGAGAAGUCGGAGGAGCCGAAGGAGAAGUACGUUUGCUUUCGGAAGAACCAGGAACCGGUGUACGUGAACUGUACGCCGGAGAAUCAGGCGAAUCAGAAUCAGCAGAACCAGAGACGGGAACCGCUUCCGCCGAUCCAGUAUCAGAUCGAGCCGCGGCAUCACGUGCUCUACGUCAGCGUCGGCCCCCAACUGAACACGUAUCGAUUCCCGCGCGAUUCCUCUGAACUUGAUCGCCAUUUGAAUUUGAACUUUCGUUCCACGCACGUGGACUCAAGUUCGCUUGUAACGGAUUUCGCGAUGCGUCGCUUCGGUCGAGCUGAUGGGGAGGACGUCAAUAUAAUCCACAUCGGCCCCAACGGUCCGAUGGUCGUCGGUCAUGACACCGGUUCGAGACCGGACCGGUCGAAUUUACGGUUCCUGUCCGUUACCGGUUAUAGGAACAUAACGGACCGGAGUCUGGUCCACCUCGCGACGGCCGCCCCGAAUCUCACGAGGAUCGAUUUCACUGAUACGAAUGUUAGCGAAAAUGGCGCGGAGAAUUUUCGCGGUAUCCGACCGGACUGCGAAUUGACUUUCAGCAAAUACACAGAUAAUAUAGAUUGAUCUGCAAUACUUGUAUGCGGCAAAACGGAUCUCAUGAAUUGAUUAUGAUUUUACUCGAAUUUUAACCAACGAAGGAGGUUUUAUUCGAUUUUUUUUUAAAUGUUAUAUAUAACCUCUUUAAAAGAAAAUUCUAUCGGACCUCACCUCAUAAUGAUUCAAAAUUAUUAUUAUAAUAAAUUAUUAUCAUAAAACAGUAGUUUAUAGUUAAUGAUAAUUUGAUUAAAUGUUCUAAGUGUAUCGGUGUAAUAAAUAUAAAGGUGGAUGCGCACUGUUAAAACGAGACGCUGCGUGAAAAUUUAAUAAAAUUCUUCGCUCGACGUAGUUCAGAAUUCAAAUGCAGGAUUUUGAUACGAGCUCACCCCCAUUUAUCAACAUGGGAGUAAAAUUUUCAAAAAUCUUUUCUAAACUACUGUGUAAUGGGGACGCGUAUGAAAAUUUUCAUGGUGCUAGCCUUAAUAGUUUGGGCUUGUAAGUCGAUAUGUCAGUAAAAUGUCGAUAUGAUAGUAGAAUAAUUUGUCCUGACCAUCAAUCACAGGCAAAACUACCCAGUAUAGUACGCUGAGAUUCGCAACAGAUUAAUUUUAUAACGUAAAUAAAAUCUGACAAUAGGUUCGUCUUCAAUCGGAUUUUGUAAUAAUACAUUUUGUUUUAUUGUUAAUUCUACUUCGGGUAUAUAAUUGUUCGACUGCAAGGAAGCUAGCGGCUUUUUGGCGAGCGAUUAUAAACGCUUCAGAAUGCUAAUAUCCCAUCCCAUUAAAUGAGAGCCAAGCUCAAUAUUAUGAUAAAUGCCUUCAAUGACAAAAGAAGUGGGAUCUAAAUGGGUGCCAAGUUCAAUGGUCAGUCCUGAAAUUUAUUUAUAAUAACUUAAAAUAUCAUUUCUUCUUAUAUCUCAGGAUAAUAUAUUGAAGCCUAAGGUCUGACUGGGCUAGUUUACAUAUACGAAUUGUAGCGUGUCUAGGCCCGCGGCCGUUUACUAGACGCAAUGCAAACAAAUGAACUAAAAAAAAAAAACUUAGUAACCCUGUAUAUGUUCUUGUAAUUAUGUAUAUGUAAAUCGUGUAAUCAUCUUUUGGUCUUAGUUAUAUAUCAUAUUUAUAUAAUAAUUACCGUUUAAAUAUAUAAAUAAAUUAUAAAUUUGUGAUGAAAUGUGACCGUCAAAAAACGGUAGAUAUCAUUAUCGUGCCAUUGCAUUAAAUUGAAGGUUCUUAAAGUAAUUUAUAAAUGUGGAAUUAAGUAAAUGAAAGAUGGCGUCACGUACAUGACGUCACGAGAGAGCGUCAAACCGUUUGACGUCUCGUGUCGCGUCAAAAAUAUUACACAGUGUCGUUAAAGCGAUACGUUUUAACAGUGUGCGUCUAUUUUAAUAGUUUUUUAUUAAGUCGGUUCGUAAAAGGGACGUUGGAUAGAUGAAAUCAAAAGUGCUAUUAUUUCGUAAGCGGUUUCGGUGUGAAGACGAAAAGCGUGAAGGUCAUUGGUCAAUGUAUAUUUCCUUAAUUAUCUGUGUAAUAUUUUUUUAUUAUCUGUGUAGUUUUUCAUCUACGUGUGUAAACGUGUAUAUAAGAAUUAGUAAAAAAAUGAAAUUGAUUAAUAUCGUAGCGGGUUUGAAUAAUUUUCAAAUCGGUAUGUAAGUAUUAUAGCGGUUUGUAUACAUAGAUAUGUGUACUUCGUUCGUUUCGGCUCUAUAAAAAUAUUAAUUGAUUAUAGCCAAUGCGCCACCAACCUUGGGAACUAAGAUGUUGUGUCCCUUGUGCCUGUAAUAACACUGGCUCACUCACCCUUCAAACUGUAACACAACGAUGCUAAGUAUAGCUGUUUGACGGUAGAAUAUCUGAUGAGUAAUGGUGCCUACCCAGACGGGCAUGCACAAAGCACGACCAUCUAGAGUAAAAUGUCUAUAUAUAUAUAUAGAUAAAAGGCAAAACUUUAUCUAAAUACAAAAUUUGAGUGAAAUCAUUAAGACCGUAACCGCGAUACGCCAAAUAUCUAUUUAUAUAUAUGUAUAUUUUAUAAAUAAAUAGGAAUUUUAAGGGCACAGUUGGCAGGAAGUAAUCGUUGAGGUGGGGAGAGCGUUUGCAUGUAGCAGAGUUACGACAUAACCGCGUUGCGUGACGUCACUAAUCUCUGCUGUGAGUGUUUCCCUUACGUAGGGUAAUCCUAUCGUCAUUGUCGUUGCAUGGAACGCACGAGUCUACGGUUAGCUAUGAGGGAGAUGAAAGAACAAGCCUGUUCCAUCACCGGGUUUUGCCUAGCUCUCUCAGAAUACGCCUGUAGUAGGCAACUUAGUACGUGUGUUGGUAACAGCCGACUUAUAUAAUUGAAAAUAAUUAUAUAAAUAUGUAAUAUAUCCCUUUAUAUGUUAUAUGUAAUAUAUGUCUUGAUGUAAUGCCGCAAACCCGGAGGUCCUGAGUUCAAUUCUCAGGUCGGACCAAUAAAAAGUUAUUUGGUUUUUCUGUCGGAAAAAUCUCAGUAUCAGCACGGAGUCUGAAAGUUGGAAGUGUGUACACUCCCGUGCCUCGGAAAGUACGUAAAGCCGUUGGUCCUGCGCCUGAACUCUUUCCGGUCGUGUCCGAUUGCCGUCCCAUCGGAUUUUGAGAGUUAGGGAAUAGAGAGUGCACCUGUGUUUGCGCACACACUUGUGCACUAUAAUAUUUCCAGCGUAUUUGCCUAAUCUCUCUUGAGGGACACUCAAAUGUAUAGAUUAACAUUCGAUGAUUCGUCGUUUCCGUUUUAACGGAAUUUAGUAAUCAAAAGAGUUGUAUACUCUGUGGUCGUAAAAUGACCCAGUGCGAAUGAAAUGGCAAUAUAUACAUAUUACUGUGAGUGACAGAGAUAAGUUAUGCUAUGUCAACUUCAAUUAAAAUAUCUUAAAACAUACUCGAGGUGUAGCGUUGAGAUUUUUCUCAUAUUUCUAAUCGAACAAUUAUAAUAUAAUUAAUUUUAUUCUUAUAUAUUAUAUAAUUUAUUUUAAAAUGAUUAAUAUAUUAUAUAUAAUUUUUUUAUUAAUUUAUGCUCGUAAUAUUAUAUAUUGUCUUUUUAAUUUGUACGUUCUUAUUAAUGUGAAAACUACUGAAAACUCGAAUGUGUUUGUUACCCAAAAAAAUAUUGCAAUAAUGAAGCCAGCGUAGCUAAAGAGCUUCUUGAUAUUAAUAUUUGUGUUUAUCGAACGUUAUUUAAGAGUUUUGAUUAACAACGUUCUUGUCGUUCGUUUCACUUUGUUCAGUAUUAUAAGUCGCUUUAAACGUCACCAUUUUUUAAAUUAGAUGGGCUAAUAGGCCAUCUGAUUUGCUGGUGUGACCACACUGGGACCCAUAGAUUAGGGCCUUAAGAAUUACUAAACAUUCCGUACGUGACCAAUGCGUCACUGACCUUUAAAAUACGCCUUGUGCCUGUAGUUACAUCCCGCUCGCCCCUCAAACCGGAACAUGACAAUACCAAGUAUUGCUGUUUGGCGGUAGAAUAUCUGAUGAGUGGGUUGUACCUACCCAGGCCCUACCAUCAAGCAAAUUACGUCUACAUAUCAUAACAAAGACGAAGUCACAAUAAAAGAGCUGGUUACUUAAUUUAUUUAUUUACUAUGUAUAAUAUAUAUAUGUAUAUAUAAUAAUGCCUUACUACGAUAUUAAUUAAUUUGAAAAAAAUUAAAUUAGUCUAAGAUUGAACUGUAUUUCUCUUGUCAUCCAAGUAGAAUUAAUAUUCAAAGAUAUUGUUAUAUAAUAUUGUUUGCACAAGCUGAAGCGCGUCACACGCCAUAAUUAUACCUGUGGCCCGUUGAUAUAAGGGUCAAAAUACUAUACUAGUAAAGUAGCAGUAAAUGUCUCACUGUUGGGCUAAGGUGGUCUCCGUUUGAGGAGUUUGGCUACACGUGUGGUAGACUUUUCAAACGCCUGCAAUAUCCUCACGAGUCAAGUACGCAAAGAAAAAUAUGAAAAUUCAGUGAUGCUUGCUUAUGGGUUCGAACCCAUGACCUUCGGUCUAGAUUCACGCGUUUGAACCACUGCACCCUCUCAUAUUUCACAUAUGCUAUAAACCUUUUGAUAAUCAGAAUGGAAGCAAAGAAUAUGUUUGUGGUUUUUAACACUAGUUUUAGGGGAAGGGGGGAUAGUCUAUGUCCUUCCUUUUGGUUCAAGCUUGCCUCAUAUCAAGUUUUAUCAAAAUCGGUUCAGUGGUUCAGCGGUGAAAGACGGACACACAGAUAAAGUUACUCUCGCAUUUAUUAUAUUAAGUAUAUGAUACGCCAUUUCUCGUGAUAUUGUUGGUAUUAGUAAUGUUAAGCUCAUUCCGUUUCAGCACAAAUAGUUUUAUAGGUUUUUUUUUUUCAUUUAAUUAUUUCGCUAAUGCAAGGUGUGAUUUUCGUUUUACUCAUACGUGUAUUUUCGCCCAUAUAGCAUCGAGUCACAGACGUCAUAUGUUUUCAAAUGAAAUGAUUGUAUUGGGUUGUCAUGUCGAGAUAUCUUUAGUUGAGAUUCGGUGUUUGCACGUGCCUCGGACAGCACGUGAUGCCGUUGGUCUCGAAUUGGAACUCCCGAUCGUGACGUGACUGUGGGAUGUGUCUGUUCUUUCCCAAAUACUUAAUGAAAAUUAUGUUUCCAGCACAGUUGUCUCCUCUCGUUUCUCAAAUAAAGAUAUCAUCGUUAUCACCACCACGCCGCCACCAUAAUCACCACCACCGCCAUCAUAGUUCAUUAUCAUCAUAUGUAACGAUAUCACAAAACAAAUAUUAAAAUAUCUCAAGAUACUGUUUAUACCCUAAGGAGAUUUUGAGUUAAUAAACAUUAUAAACAAAUAAAUUAUAUGUUUAAAUGUAUUCUUUAUAUACCUUAGUUAUAUAUGUAUAUAUAACUCUCGUUUAUAUAAUAUCGUUGCGGUUUAACCGUUUUCGACCACUAUUUGUAACACAACGAUCCGGUUGGGGUCGGAAACCGUAUCGCAACCGUUACUAGUAAAAUUGGCGCCCUGUAUUUACUAAUAGUAUUCAUGUAUGUAAGAAGUCACUUCAUUACUCAUCCGUGGAAUGUUGACAACCGACUUUUGGUGUUAUACUAUUUUGACGCGUGUAUUCUUGAAAUGUUAUGAUUAUAACCUUCUGAUAUUUAACGAACGUUUUCUGCGGUGAGUAUGGAGUUCUUAGAGAAAAGCUCUGUAUUUGAUAAAAAUCAUUAAUUAAAUUUUAUUUAUUUUAUAUCUUUAGAUACUGUAACGGUUUCUGAACGAAUCAACGUCCGAUUUAUUAAUCUGUCGAAAUCCUAAACGCUCAUUGGUCACCCAUUACGUCAUAAACCGCCAUCGACCAAUCAGAUGAAUUAAUCUGACUGAUGAACAUUUCAGAAUAGAGGUCAAUGUGUUGACGCGCUUAAAUCUAUUGUACACUAUUUCUAAAUUACAUAAAUUCAUUUCACAGAAUAAAAAUUAUUGCUAUCCAUCUUUCGCCUUUUAUUUAUCAUUGUGUGUGAAAAGCCGAGAUGGCCUAGUGAUUAAAACGCGUGAAUCUUAACCGAUGAUCGUGGGUUCAUACCCGGGCAAGCACCACUGAAUUUUCAUGUGCUUAAUUUGUGUUUAUAAUUCAUCUCGUGCUUGACGGUGAAG